GCUGUGGAGUCGGAGGCUCCUCCUCUCUGCCACGACAGAAACAAGUAAUCCAUCAGUUGGUGAUAAAAAUGCCUGAGCUUUGUGCAGCAACAAGCUGUAAUAACAAGAAAAGUGGAUCUGUCUUUUCUUUCCCAAAGGAUGCAGAGAGGUUGGGAAGGUGAAGGUUUGAGGAUUACACCACAGUCAGACACUGACGGCUUCAAGACAACAUCUUCGUCCAGAGCAGGAACAAAAGCUCUGACGUUACAGGACGAGUUUAACAGGGAACCACAAUGACAAAACUUACAGAAACUCUUUGGGACACUCUGGAAAAGCUGAAAGAUGAGCAGCUCAAGCACUUCCAGUGGUUCCUGAAGCAGGAUGGCAUCCUAGAAGGUUUCUCGGCCAUCCCAGUGGCCCGGCUGGAGAGGGCAGAUAGGCAGGACACGGUGGAUCUGAUGGUGCAAAAAUAUGGCUGCAACGAAGCUCUGGGGAUAACCAUAAAGAUUUUAGAGAAGAUCAGCAGAAAUGAUCUGGUGGAGCAUUUAUCCAGUAUCAGCUCAGGACCAAAAGUCUUCAAGAACCAAGAUUCUGCUCUUCUCAAAUGUGAGUAUGAAAGAAAGAAGGCUGAGCUGGGGGAGACAAAGGCCAUAAUCAAGCUGAUGAUCCAGGAGAGACAGAUGAAGAUCCAGGAAAUCAAAUGCUCAGCAGAACUCAGCAGGAAAUCUGCAAACAGACACACCGCAGACAGUGUACAGGUCUUCGGUGCGUUAGUGCAGUCGGUUCAGAGAAGUCUGGAAAAUCUAAUCGAAGCAAUUGAAGAAAAACAGAAAACAACACAGAAACAGGCCGAAGGAUUCAUCCAAGAGCUGGAGCAGGAAAUUUCUGAGCUGACCAAGAGAAGUACUGAGGUGGAGCGGCUGUCGCACAUCGAAGACUGCUCCCGGGAUGCUAUUCCACCCACCAAGAACUGGACAGACGUCAACAUCCCACCUCCACCAUAUGGACGAAGUCUUGGGAGCGUUGUGACUCAGCUGAAGGAAAAAUUCAUCAAUGGGACGGAGAAGUUGAUUGCAAAAGCCAAGCUGAUCAGGGUCCAGGAGUAUGCCGUGGAUGUUAGUCUAGAUCCUGACACAGCAAAUGCCCAUCUCCUUUUGUCUGACAAUGGGAAACAAGUUUUCUGUGGUGAUGUAGAACAAAAUCUCCCAGACAAUCCAGAAAGAUUUAAACCUAAUGUCAAUGUCUUGGGAAAGCAGAGUUGCUCUUCAGGAAGAUUUUACUACGAGGUUCAGGUGAAAGGGAAGACUUCCUGGGAUUUAGGAAUUGCCAAAGAGUCAGUCAGUAGGAAGGGGUCAAUCACAGUAGGCCCCAAGACUGGCUACUGGACUAUAUGUUUAAGGAAUACAGAUGAGUACAAAGCUUCUGGUGUCAAUCUCAGUGUAAAACAUCCACUAAAGAAAGUGGGUGUGUUUGUGGAUUAUGGUAAAGGUUCAGUCUCCUUUUUCAAUGUAGAUUCUGCACACAUGAUCUACUCCUUUACUGACUGUUCCUUCACUGAGAAAAUUUAUCCAUUCUUCAGUCCUGGUCAUCAUAAUCAUGGUAAAAACUCCGCCCCUCUGAUCAUCUCUCCUGUCAAUAACAUUGAUUAGAUAUGACCAUUCAUCCAGUUAAAACAGAUUCCACCAUUCUUCCAAAUGUCAUCAGUAAAUGUGAUGUUUGUGAUUAAUAAAUGAAUCACUCUUCAUGAUUUGAUCAAUAAUAAUGUAGGAGAUGAGGGAAAUGAUUUGAAACAGUCUAAAAAUGUAAUGGAGUUUGGUUGUAGUGCCAUGUUUUGCCACUAGAUGGUGCCACUUCCUGUUUGAUGACAUGGAGUUACAGAUGUGUGUGCUGCCUUGCUCUGAUCCCUUGCCACAGUCUCCGGUUCUUUCUCCAGAAGGGGGAGUUGGUUUGUUCAUAUCUAUAUUCUACCACUCAUGUCUGUAGGGAUGGUUGUGUCUGGCAAUGAAUAAUGGUUGAUGUGUAACACACAAUAAAUGAUCAGUGUGCA